UCGGCCUCGGCAACAUCAAAAUCAUGGCACACACAAGUUUGAAUCAAUAUUUGCAACAGGUAGAAAAUGGGAUCAAAAGGAGAGAUGGCAGCCUUCUUGCAGACCAUCUUUCUUUCAAGCAUCCACACAUUGCCAACCCCAGACUUCACCUGGAGAGUCCGGAGGAACAGUGUGAACAAUGGUUUGAGCCUCCAUAUGAUGAAAUGGUAGCUGCCCAUCUCAAGUGCUGUUGGUGUGUGGCUAAUCAUGACUUCAUUGAAGCAUACUCACUACAAAAAGUUGUUGUUCAAGCAUUCAACAAAGCUUUCCAGAGUCAAAAGGAUGAAAACUGGGCUCUACCUGUUUUAUAUGUGGUCAUAGUCGAUCUGAGGUUAUUUGCCAACAGUGCUGAGACUCAGUUGUCAAAGAAAGGGAAAGGAAAACCUGGUGAACUGUUAGAGAAAGCAGCUGAUACUAUGAUGGCUUGCUUCAGAACGUGUGCUGCUGAUGGGCGAGCAUCGACGGAAGAUACAAAGAAAUGGGGUAUGCUCUAUCUUGUCAACCAACUCUUCAAGGUCUAUUUCAAGAUCAACAAGCUGCCAUUAUGUAAACCUCUCAUUCGGGCAAUAGAUGGCUCAUCUCUCAAAGAUCGUUUCAGUAUCUCACAGCUAGUAACGUACAAGUAUUACGUAGGCAGGAAAGAGAUGUUUGAAAGCAACUUCAAAGCAGCCGAGGAGCACCUAUCGUUUGCAUUCCAGCGAUGUCAUCAUUCCAGUCGGCAGAACAAACGUCUCAUCCUGAUCUAUCUUCUACCUGUCAAAAUGUUGCUGGGUCAUAUGCCAAAGACAUCCCUUCUGAAGAAGUACGAUCUGAUGCAGUUUGCGGAUAUCGCCAAGGCAACCAAGAUGGGCGAUCUCCGUCUCCUGAUGAGUGCUAUGAACAAGAACGAGGCAUUCUUCAUCAAGUGCGGUGUCUACCUCAUCAUCGAGAAACUACAGACCAUCACGUACAGGAAUCUAUUUAAGAAAGUACAACUAAUGCUGAAAGUACAUCAGGUACCUAUCGAUGCGUUUGAAACAGCUCUGAAAUUCACAGGACUGGAAGAUGUAGACAAGGAGGAGGUAGAAUGCAUCUUGGCAAACCUUAUAUAUAAGAACUACAUCAAAGGGUACCUUUCUCAUCAGCACCAAAAACUGGUUGUUAGCAAGCAGAAUCCUUUUCCUCCACUCUCCUCGUUUCUGUCAUAGCGUCUUCUUGGUGCCAGUUUUGACAUCACAUUCAGAACUAUCAAGGACUUUUGAUGCUUGGAGAGUAUCAAGGAUAGAUACUGCUUCAUCUUGAUCAGAAGGCUGCUUCUGCUUCGUCAAGCUCAGUCAUAUCGAAGACAGCUACUGCUCCGAGACAUGCAGGACCAGUGAUACUUGACAGUGUCAAAGACAGCUUUCUGUAAAGCACUUGGAAACUUUGUUCUGAUAUAAGAAGAAGAGAAGCACAGUGAAAGCAGAGUGUUGUUGUCACUACUUCGUCGAGCUCAAGACAGCUUUGCAAACUCAAUAUAAUACUGUUUCUGUUUAGGUAACUCCUGUAGACACUCGGCAAAGCAGCUUUCUGCUGCAUCAACACCAAGAUGGUAUAUAACCCAAUUACAUAUGAAAUAAUUUUACGUCUAGGCUAAU